AUGUCUCCGCGACGAAACGGAAACGGAAACGGAAACAGCCCUCCCACGCCGCGCAUCAUCAUCGUCCCAGCGUCGCCUCCCACCACUUCGUCUCCCACUACCGACUCCGAGGAGGAUGAGCACUUCUCGCCCAUGUCCAUCAGUCCGACGAGUCCGCGGGCGACGUUGAUUGCCCCGCCGCGACGCUUCCGUCGUCUGCUGCCUGCGCCUGCAGCACGUUAUCCACAGCCACUAUCCCGGCCACUGUCACUAUCACAACCACAAGAAGACCAACAACAGCAACAACCCCUAAGCCCCGCCUUCCCCCCGACGGGACCCUUCCAAAUCCACCCCUUCAUCCCCUCCCCACCCUCAUCACCACCACCAAGAGACUCAACACCACCAACACCACCACCACCACCACCACCACCAAAAGGCUCACCACCACCAUACUCCCCUCACCCAACAACCGAACCCCCCCUCAAACGCCUCAAACCCAACCCCCACCCGCACCUUCUCUCCCCCAAACACAACCCCUUCAUCCCCGCGCCCCCCGCCCCUAAACCCCUCCGCCUCCCCAAAAACCCCCGCCUAGCAGCCAAACUAACCCCGCUCCUCACCCACCUCCGCACCCCGCUCCACCCCCUCGUCAGCAGCACCACCGGCCACUACCACCCAGCCUUCCCACGCACCCUGCUGGCCUUCCACUGCCUGACCCACGCGCAGCUGGAUAGUCUGGCCCGGCACUUCCACCAGGUCUAUCCGGCUGUGGCAGCCACGGGGUACUAUCCCAUCACGGUGCCGCCGUGGCUGGGGAUCCCGGGGGCGGAGGGUGUGGAGGUGGAUCUCGAGACGAAGCGACGCCGGUUUGGACGGUUUAUUGGGUUGCGGGGGUGUGAGUCCCCCACUUCUCUGGGGGAUUAUCAGGGGAGUGAAGGGGAAAGGGAAGAGGGGGAUGGGGAUGGGGGGAGGAAUGCGUGGGUGGAGAUGGCGGAGAGGCGGCGGAGGGUGAGGGGGUGGUUGGAGCGGUUGGAUAUUGAUUCGAGUUUUGGGGGCCCGGGGGAGGAUGGACAGGGGGAAGGGGAGGAGGGGGAGGUGGAGGAACAACAGCAACAGGGGCAUGGGAGUAGGAGUGGGGAGGUUGACCCCGUGGACACGGAGACGCCCGAGGAGAUGCUGGCGCGCAUGGCGAGGGAGUGGGACGCCGCCAUGGAGCGGGCCAAGUGGGAUUCCAACUUUGCGUUGCGGUGGAAGAUGGGGGGUUAG